CGUUGACAACACAUACGAUCAUUGCAUACUAUCCCAUUUCAUUUGCUACGUCCGUCAGCAUCAGAUGUUAGCAGACAAAGUCAGACUCUUCCUCAGGCACAGUGCAUUCCCUCGUUCCCUCGGGCAUCUACGACGCCAUCAUGGGACAUCUGGUCUGGUACAGAAACUAAUCUAACCGACGCACUAUUUGAGAUUCACUAUGCACAUAAAGAGAGAAAUGGGGCGGAAGGGUGUUACCGAGAAGAGCCGAGGCAGGUGGGGCCCUUGAGUCACUAGGGUUUUCCACAAUGUUGUACGUAUACCAAGCCGGACUGCACCACUGUGAGCGAUCAUCACUUCACUCCUUUGCCAUAACUCCACAAAACCCUGCCUUCAUAGGACAUUGUUAUCAGCACAGCAGUACCAGCAGUAAGAGCAAUCUCAGCUGUGGGCAGUGACUGUCCUGGUCGUCUGUGUGUCUUCUACGUUCAUCUGCCACACCAUCAGCAUGCGUGCCCUGGUGCUGCUGGCGGCGGCCACUGCCUGUAUGGCGAUGCCUGGACCCCAGACCUUCCCGCUGAGCCUCCCCGCUUUGAGGGCGACAUACCAGACUACGCUCGGGGACAAGAUUCAUGAGCUUGGCCUGGAUGUGUCGGUGGAGCUGCAGAAACCCGGCAAUGUGGUUAUAUCGCCCCUCAGUAUUAGCGCCCUCCUCUCUGUCCUCAUGAUGGGAUCUGCGGGCCGCACUCGCCAGGAGCUUCUCCGUGGUCUCCACUUCGAUGACGCUCACUCCGAGAACGACGUCCACCUCAGUUUUCAAAGGCUGAUGGAAGACAUCUCUAGUGACGGACCCGAUGUUACUCUCAACGUAGCCAACGGUCUCUUCCUGCAGAGAGGUGCGGGUGUCUUAUACAAUUUCACCCAAAAGGCUCGCACCCAUUACAACAGUGUAGUCAGCACGCUUGACUUCCACAACUCUUCUGUGAAGUCCACGGAAACCAUCAACAACUGGAUUAAGGAAUCCACAAGUGGUAUGAUCCCCAACCUCUUCAAACAACCACUUGAUCCCCUCACCACCUUUGUUGCUGUAAACACUGUCUUCUUCAACGGCAAAUGGCUCACGCCUUUCGAUCCGAUGAUGACCAAGGACAGGGAGUUCGAUACUGGAGCAGGAAAAGUUCAGGUGCCCAUAAUGAGCAACACAUUCAUCGUGAACUACAUCGACAUCCCUGAACUGGAGGCCCACAUGGCUGCCUUCCCUUACAAAGGCAACCGGCAAGCCAUGUACGUCAUUCUGCCAACAGGUCAACCUACAGCCAAUCUCGAGCCACUGGAGUUGGAGCUGUCCGCUGAGAAAAUCAACUCACUCAUUGGCAAGAUGACACCACUGGAGAUGAGGGUGUGGCUGCCUCGAAUGCGCCUUUCCUUUAAGUCAAGCUUGCGAGACACGCUCAAGAAACUGCACAUGGCAUCCAUGUUCAAUCCCGUUGCAGUGAACUUCUCCCGUCUGUCGACGCUGCCUGUGUGGGUGGACGAUGUAUUGCACGAGACCGUCAUCGAAGUCUCCGAGGAGGGCACUAAGGCCGCUGCUGCUACUGGCUCAGAAUUAAAUCGUAAAGGUAGCUAUAGGGUUUUUAAUGUGAAUCGGCCAGCAAUAAUCUUCAUCAGGGACGAGGUGUCUGGCGUGCCGCUCUUCUGGGGCAAACUAGUGCGGCCUGAGCCCCUCAGGACGUAGUGUCCACAGUACUGCCAUGACAACAUUCUGCUUUGUACCUUGUAUUAUCAUUUUCAGUAACAUGUGUGAAGAACACACACCGACGUUUCUUGUGUGGACCCAUGCACUAGGCGAAUGUGUGGCGUAUAGAGGUGCGUCCUUGUUUGACAUUCUGUAUCCAUAUUUGAGUCUCUUUGUCUGUGUGUAUGUCAGUAUUUCUAUCAUUGCGUUUAUGUAGAAUUAUAGACUAUGUAUUUGCAUACCAAUAUAUAUAUAUAUAUAUAUAUAUAUAUAUAUAUAUAUAUAUAUAUAUAUAUAUAUAUAUAUAUAUAUAUAUAUAUAUUGGCAAGGUUAUGUGCCGGUAUGUUAGUUUCGUAAAGGUUUAUGUUCUUCUUUAAUUAUCUGUAAUGAAACAGAAAUUCAUUAAAACAAUUGAGUGAAA